AUGAGUGAUACUGAUAACAAAUACGUUUUACAAACUGCUGGAUUUGAUGUUAGAUUCCCAAACACUAAUCAAACCAAGCACUGCUGGCAAUCUUUCGUUGACUACCACAAGUGCAUAAAAGCUAAGGGUGAUGAUUACGCACCAUGCAAAGCAUUCCAUAGAACAUACAAGUCAAUCUGCCCUAACACCUGGACUGACAAAUGGAAUGAACAGAUUGAUGAGGGUAACUUCCCAAGCAACAUCGAGCCUUAA